UCCUCCUCAUCCUCCUCCUACAUGUGUAGAAACAGAGCGAGACUCCUGCCCCACUUUUGUGGAGGCUCGACGUCUGACUGGAACCCUGAGCACGAGGGCGUCUGCGCAAACGCGGAACAGGGAAGGGAGCGCACAAGGAUUUACAUAUGAUUUCAGACAAACUGCAGGUUCCGCUCCAGUGAUGUCUUCCCUUUGGUGGCUGGACUCAAAUGGUACCUCUCCCUCUGGCUUCCUGGACAACAGUACCUGCUUCAGCUCCACACAGAGCACCGUACUCAGUGGAGUCCAAUUUGGAGGAGUGCCAGUUGUGCUACUGAUUGAUUUCUGUGUCUUUCUGGUGUUGCUGGUCUUCUUCUCCAUUAUCAGGAGGAAGUUUUGGGACUACGGGCGUCUAGCACUGGUCGCAGACAACGAAGGGUUGACUGACUCAACACACCAUCGAUAUCAACGCGUGUCAUCUUAUGCGUCCAGCGUGGAUGACAUUGAAUAUGAACAGGGAUUCUGCUCUUGGCUGCCUUACAUCCUCAGAAUGGAUGAGGAAAAAAUGAAAGCCAGAUGUGGCAUGGACGCUGUUCACUACUUAUCCUUUCAGCGUCACCUGAUCGUCUUGCUGUUGGUCAUAACUUUCACAUCCCUGUCAGUCAUACUGCCUGUCAACUUGAGUGGAGACCUACUGGGUAAUGAUCCCAGGAAUUUCGGAAGGACAACUAUUGGGAAUCUUCAGAAGGGAAACUACCUGUUAUGGCUGCACACAGCGUUUGCAGUUUUCUACCUGAUCUUGACAGUUGUUCUGUUGCAAUAUCACACAUCAAAAAUGAAAGGCAUAUCCAGAGAGACAACCAGAAACACCUUGUUUUUGUGUUCAGUUCCUAAAACAGCAACAGAGGAAGCUAUACAGACCCAUUUCGUAGAGGCGUACCCUGCCUGCCAGGUGUGUGCUGUGACCCUGGGCUAUGAUGUGGCCAAGCUCAUGCACCUUGAUAAAGAAAGGAUUCGGGCUGGAAAAAACCUGCACUACUACGAGCAGGUGCUACAGAAAACAGGAAAACGUGAGCUGAUUAACCCCCGUCUGUGUGGGAAGUCUGGAAAGGUUGAUGCCGUAGAGUAUUACCGUACUAAAGAAAAAGAACUACUGGAAGAGGUGAGGCAGCAGGCAGAACUGGUGCCAGAGCGCCCCCUGGGGAUUGCCUUUGUGACCUUGCAAACCGAGGCUAUGGCCAAGUACAUUCUGAAAGACUUCAAUGCAGUCGAGUGUGGUGGCUCAAGCUCCUGUUGUGCGAAGGAGCCCCAACCCUCAUCUAACAGUAAAACUCUGAGAGUGAACAAGUGGAGGGUCGACUUUGCACCCCAUCCCAAAAAUGUGUACUGGCACAAUCUCUCAGUGCGGGGUUUUCGCUGGGCCCUUCGUUAUGUGAUGCUCAACAUCUUACUCUUCUUCCUUCUCACCUUCCUCACAACUCCCACCAUCAUUAUCAACACCAUAGACAAGUUCAAUGUGACCAAGCCCAUCUCCUAUCUCAACAGCCCCAUUAUCAGUCAGUUCUUCCCCACUUUCCUGCUGUGGUUGUUCUCCACAUUGCUGCCCACCAUAGUCUACUAUUCUACUCUAGGAGAAGCACACUGGAGCAGGUCCAGUGAGCAGCUGAGCAUGUUGCGUAAGCUCUACUUCUUCCUGCUCUUCAUGGUGCUUAUCCUCCCCUCGCUAGGACUGACCAGUCUUGCAGUGUUUUUCCGCUGGUUGUUUGAUUCAGAGUUUCUCUCAGGUGGCAAACUGCGGUUUGAGUGUGUGUUUUUACCUGACCAAGGAGCAUUUUUUGUCAACUAUGUGAUCGCAGCAGCCCUCGUGGGCUCUGGGAUGGAGUUGCUGCGGUUGCCAGGGUUACUGCUUUACACCAUUCGUUUGGCAUUUGCGCGCUCUACUGCUGAGAGAAAAUAUGUCAAACAGACCCAGGCCUAUGCGUUUGAAUAUGGAGCCAUGUAUGGCUGGUCCCUCUGUGUGUUCACUGUCAUUAUGGCUUACAGCAUCAUUUGUCCCAUGAUUGUGCCUUUUGGUCUCCUGUACAUGCUGCUGAAGCACUUGGUAGACAAACACAACCUAUACUUUGCCUACCUGCCUGCCCGCCUAGACCGCCAGGUCCACCUGGCAGCUGUCAAUCAAGCUCUGGCUGCGCCCAUCAUCUGCUUAAUAUGGCUUUACUUCUUUUCUGUCCUCAGAACAGGUUUCUUAGCCUCCACAUCUCUUUUCACCCUGGUGGUCCUGUGUAUCACCGUCUUCAUCUGCGUCUGCUACAGCUGCUUCGGCCAUUUCAAAUACCUCAGUCCACACUACUAUAAGGUGAAAGAGGAGGAUGAGGAUACAGCAGAUGGAGUGAAGGAAGACACCAAGGUCUACCUUCCCAGAGUGCUUAAUCCCAAAUCACCUGCCAGCACCUCACAGGGAUCUAAACACCAGCAGUCUUAUGGCUCUACAGUGGACAGCCAGGCCUGCACCUUCAGCCCAGUAGAGGAGAGGAUGUCAGAUGGCUGAAUCUGUGUGUUUCAACACAGAGUCAAAGCUUUGGAUUCCCUCGACUCCUGACUGUAAAUCUCCUUCCAUCACAGCGAUUUCAGUACUGAAGUCAGAGUUUGAAUUCACCUCCACCCUGCUGCUCAGUCAGAGACAGCCUGUCCCAUUGAGAGAAAAUCUCCAGAUGGUACAAGAAAAGAAUGUGCAAUGGCCCGUCCCACACUCAUCCAUCUUCCUUACUUUCUGCUUUUAGAAACAUGAGUUACUGGUGUGGACAGUUUGUUUCAUUUCAGCUUCUUUCUAAAGGAAAGAAGGUAAAUAGGAAUUUGUUGGAUAUUUUGAUAAUUAUUUGCACUUGAUCAGUAGAGUGGACACAACCAAGUGAAACCUGCCAAGUGAAAUCUUGUCUGUCCUAAAACACGGUUACAUGUUGUACGUUUCAGUGUGAGACCUCUGAUAAGGACCAAGUCACCAAGUAGCGUUUAACCAAAACCUGCCAAUACAAUCAAGCCAUAACGCUGGUGAAAAAAUACUGAAAUUCAUUUCUUGCACAUAAAUUAUAAGAAGCUAAUUAUGCAAUGAAGGUCAAUUAUGUAAAUAUAUCCAGAAUGAAGUAAUCAAGACAGCAACACUGAUGCCAAAGAGGUGGGCAAGCAGAGCUCUUGGUCCCACGUUCCUCCGGAGUAUCUUUUUUGAUGUCAGAGGACAGUGCCAACCCAGGGAAUAACUUAUUGCCUAAUGUUAAUAAUGUACCUUUUAUUUCAAGAUAGGUCUGUCUUUUUGUGUACUAACAAGAUAUUUUUACUUUAGUAAUAAGACAUCAGAGCAAGUAUUUAUAUCAGUAUUGCAGGAGUUUCUCAACCAAAGUUUUUUUUUGGUAUAAUCCAUGUAUUACAAUGGUUAAAGCAGUCAUUUGCAUUAUUGUUUAAGGAAAGAAAGUGAUGCUGUACGAUUAAUGAAUGAAUGUUUUGAACAGGUCAGUGUUUAUUUGUAUUUAAUGUGCUUUAAAGUUCUGUUUUUAAAUGUGCAUUUUAACAAGGAACUAAGCUCUGAAAGCAAACCUGUGUUUGGUUGUGUUGUGCUUCUUGCCAUUGGGGGGCACUGUUGACCUGUGCACUGAGCACUGUUGAGUGGGGUAACUCAACCUCUGAAAUAUUCAUAAAGCAGUGAAAAAGGACAAAUGCACAGUGUUGCAAUGAGGAUUUCUAACUUAUUCUGACAUCGGUAUGAGCCAGUUUACUGGACGACAGUUCCAGCAGCUCCACCUCCUCACCUGAUCUUUUACUUUUGUCUCCUUUUCUGUUCCUUUUUGCUUCCUCUUUAGCCUGCCCUUUUCCCCUUUCUCACCACGGUACCUGUCUCCGCUGAAAAGGACCUCUGUUGUGAUUUAAGGGCUUUUAGCAUACUGAUUAACACACUUGUUAAAUAUGGCUAAUGAAGUGCUAAGCUAACAACAUAUCUAGCUGCGCUGAAAGGAAGGGUUUCGGCUGUUGGACGAGGAUCAGUGUACUCUAAUGGAGCCUCACAGAAGGUCUUGAAGGAGCAGCUGCUGAAGUGGUUCUUAG